AUGAAGAGGGAGUCGUCGCUGACGGAGUUAGGGUUAGCGCUGGACGUGAGCAGGUCGGUCGUGAAGCCGAUCCACGACGCGGCCCCAUCGCCGAAGGUGAAGCGGCGCACGAAGGUCUCGGUGAUCGGGGUGGGGAACGUGGGGAUGGCCAUCGCGCAGACGAUCCUCACGCAGGAUCUCGCUGACGAGCUCGCCCUUGUCGACUGCAACGCCGACAAGCUCCGCGGGGAGAUGCUCGAUCUGCAGCACGCCGCCGGAUUCCUCCCCGGCACUCGCAUCGUCGCCUCGACCGACUACGCCGUGACCGCCGGCUCCGACGUGUACGUGGUCACGGCGGGGGCAAGGCAGAUCCCAGGGGAGUCGCGGCUGGACCUCGUCCACCGCAACGUGGAGCUCUUCCGCUCCAUCGUGCCGCCGCUGGCCAGGAUGUCCCCCGACGCUAUCCUCCUGAUCGUCUCCAACCCCGUCGAUGUCCUCACCUACGUAGCCUGGAAGCUCUCCGGCUUCCCCUCCAACCGCGUCAUCGGCUCCGGCACCAACCUCGACAGCUCCCGCUUCCGAUUCCUCCUCGCCGACCACCUCGACGUCAACGCCCAGGACGUCCAGGUACGCCCCAAGACCCAACCCUUCCCUCCAUUCUUCUUUCCUCUCCUUCUCCUUUCUCCUCAUUUGUUAUGGUUUCUCUGUGACCAAUGGCAGGCGUACAUGGUGGGGGAGCACGGGGACACGUCGGUGGCGCUGUGGUCGAGCAUCAGCGUUGGGGGGGUGCCGGUGCUGGCGUCGCUGAUUGGGGACGGCAAGGGGCCGGAGGUGGUGGAGUACGAGAGGGGGAUGCUGGAGAAGAUCCGCAAGGCGGUGGUGGACUGCGCCUACGAGGUGAUCCGGCUCAAGGGCUACACCUCCUGGGCAAUCGGCUACUCGGUCGCCAGCCUCGUGCGUACGCUGCUGCGCGACCAGCGGCGGAUCCACCCGGUCUCCCUCCUCGCCAAGGGCUUCCACGGCAUCGACGACGACCGGGAGGUCUUCCUCAGCCUCCCCGCGCAGCUCGGUAGGGGCGGCGUCCUCGGCGUCGUCAGCGUGCAAGUGACGGAGAUGGAGGCCGCGCGGCUGCGACAGUCGGCGGAGACUCUCUGGGAGGUGCAGAGCCACCUAGGUCUCUGA